AUGUACGCCGCGGUUCUUGCCUUAGCCGCAGUGGCGUCGGCCCUCCCCGUGCCCGAGGGCGAUGCUGCUGCCGGCUUCUUUGAUUUCUUGUUCCCCACCCUGGCGGCUCCAGCACCCGCUCCAGCGACGACGGCGGCGGCUCAACCUCAAGGUGCCCCCGCUGGCCAACCCCAGAGCGCCCCCCCGGCUGCUGCCGGCGCUCCCCCCGCCGCUGCUACUGUCGUUGAUCAAGUGACCAUCACCACCCAAGUGGCUCAGGCAGCCGCUCCUGCUGCCACCAACAACGGCCAGGGAGCUCCUGCUGCCUCGGCUGCUCCUGCUACUUCUGCUGACUCCACCGCUGGCGCUGGGUUAGCUGAAAUUUUGGAAGGGUUCUUGGACCCCGGUUUUAUCAACGAGUGGCACAACUACUUUGGCGUCGACUCGGGGGCGAGUGCCUCGUCGGCGGCCCCGGCGGCCCCGGCACCCAAGCCCUCGGCGACUGGCUCGUCGGGCGACGCUUCGUUCUGGUCGCAAUUGUUUGAUUUCGGUGGGGUGCAAAAGCAGGGUGCCUCUUCGUCGGCCUCUGCUUCUCCUCAAGCCGCCACUCUGACCCCUUCCACCGCCAACAACAACAACAACCAAGGUAACAACAACAACAACAACAACAACAACAACAACAACAACAACAACAACAACAACAACAACCAAGGAAACAACGGUAACAACGGCAAUAAUGGUAACAACAACGGCAACAACGGCAAUAACGGCAACAACGGCAACCACAACGGCAAUAACGGCAACAGUGGCAGCAACGGCAACUCGUUCGGCCUGGGCAACGACGCCAACUGGAACAAGCAGAUGCUCGACAUCCACAACAAGCUCCGGGCCCAGCACGGGUCGCCGCAGAUGCUGUGGUCCGACGCCGCCUACCAGUACGCCAAGAACAUGGCCGACAACUACGACUGUCUGGGGGUGUUGACCCACUCCCACGGCGAGUACGGUGAGAAUUUGGCUGCCGGCUACGACGGCGUCGACGCCGUGCAAGCGUGGUACGACGAGGGCAAGACCUACGUCUACGGCACCGAAGACCACUACGACCACUUCACCCAGGUGGUGUGGAAGGCGCUGACCCAAUUGGGGUGUGCCCGCAAGGACUGCCGGGCCACCAACUGGGGCCACUACAUUGUGUGUGAGUACAUCGAGGCCGGUAACGUCAUCGGCCAGCUGAAGGCGAACGUGCCUCCUCCCAUCAACGGCAACUCCUGA